UCAACUUGGCAAGAUGGAGUCUUCGUUCUAACUUCCCUUUCACGCCCUGAUGCAUUCAUAUUACAGGAUGGUUUGCCUUUCGCCAGAAGGAGAUACACAGGGAUCUGAGAGUUUCUAUCAACCAAAUAUGGCUUUUAUGAUUCUGUUUCUUCUUCUUCUUUGUCUAAGUUUUAUACUUAACACAACAAAUGCUCAACCAAGAAAUUCCAUCAUCCGACCAGGUUCUUCUCUUUCACCCAAUAACAAUUCAUAUUGGCUAUCAGAGUCUGGCCAGUUUGCCUUUGGUUUCUAUCGAUAUGGCAACGGCUUCUCUGUGGGCAUCUGGUUUGAAAAAAUCCAGCAAAAAACAGUUGUAUGGACAGCUAAUCGAGAUGACCCACCAUUUUCUAGAGAUGUCACAUUGCUUUUGAGCACAGAAGGUAGGCUUAUUGUGCAACCAAAGCAAGGCCAAGAGAUCCUCAUCGCGAGUGCUUCUCAAUUAGCAUCCUCAGCCUCCAUGCUCGACUCUGGUAACUUCGUUCUCUUUAAUUCAAGUUCAGCGAUCAUUUGGCAGACUUUUGACUUCCCGACAGACACCAUUUUACCUGGAAAGCGUCUUUUGCCUGGUCAGAGUCUGGUUUCCGAUGUAUCAGAAACAAAUCAUACAAGGGGAAAGUUUCUUCUUGUGAUGCAAACAGAUGGGAACCUGGUGCAAUACCCAUUAGAUUCAAUAGAAAGGGAAGCUGCUUACUGGAAUACAGAAACAGCUGGAGCUGGAGAUAAUGUGACCCUAAAUCUGGAUAGCAAUGGGACGCUUUACCUGCUAAAUGCUACCGCGUUGCUUGUGAAAAACAUUACUGAAAAGGCUAGUGUCUCAGGUAAACCCAUCUACCGUGCAACAAUUGAUGCAGACGGAAUAUUUCGAUUGUAUUCACAUAGUUUCAACCCAUUCGAUAAUUGGUCAAUCCAAUGGUCAUCCUCAGAAAAUAAAUGUGAUCCCAAAGGCUUCUGCGGGGUUAAUAGUUACUGCACUCUGAUGGAUCGGGAUCCUGUAUGUCAAUGUCCUCCUGGUUUCAAUUUCAUUGACCAGGGACAGAAGGACUUGGGAUGCCACAAAAAUUACAAUGUAGAUGCCUGCACCAGAAAGAGUGAGCAAAUGUUUGAUUUUUACGAACUGACCAGUGUAAUCUGGGAAGACGAUGCAUAUUCCAGUCUCUCAUCUGUAGCAAAAGAUGCUUGCAGAGAGGAAUGUUUUAGAGAUUGUAACUGUGAAGCUGCCGUUUAUCAAAUUGAAAAUCAAUCGUGCAAAAAGCUAAAGUUGCCGUUAAGAUUUGGGGAAAGGGAAUUAAGUGGUCAAGUAAUAACUCUUCUAAAGAUUGGUGCUGCCCUCGCAAGAGGAGGGGAAAGAAAGCAGAGAGAGCUGCGAGUGGACUUCCUGAUCAUUAGCAUAGCGUUGGCGUGUUUGACACUUGCAUUUACCGUUAUAGUAGCGGUCGGUGUUCUUAAAUAUAGGUCUCGUGUUCGAGAAUACAAGAGGGUUUUGAAUGUUGGAAAUAAUGGAGUUGUUGAAGAUGUUACUUUGAGAUCAUUUACAUUUGACGAGCUCAAAGGUGCCAGUAAUAAUUUCGUGGAUGAAAUUGGGAAAGGAGCUUACGGGACAGUUUUCAGAGGGGUCAUAUCCAAUGACAAGAGAAUUGUAGCCAUCAAGAGACUAGAAAAAGUGGUGGCUGAAGGAGAAAGGAAUUUCAGGAAUGAAAUGAAAGCAAUUGGGAAAACUCAUCAUAAGAAUCUAGUGCAAUUGCUCGGUUACUGCUACGAUGGGACUAAUAGACUACUAGUGUACGAGUACAUGAGAAAUGGUUCACUUGCAGAUUUUCUCUUCAAAUCCAACUUAAAGGUAAAUUGGGAAGGAAGAAUUGCAAUCAUAUUGAACAUAGCCAGAGGAAUUUUCUACUUGCACGAAGAGUGUGAAACUCAGAUCAUCCACUGCGACAUCAAGCCUGAAAAUAUCCUAAUGGAUGACAAAGGGUCCGCGAAAAUUGCAGAUUUUGGACUAGCCAAGCUAUUGAUGCCUAACCAAACAAAGACAUAUACUGGAAUCAGAGGAACAAGGGGAUAUGUUGCUCCUGAGUGGCAUCGGAACUUGCCUAUAACCGUGAAAGCAGAUGUAUAUAGCUUUGGAAUAAUGUUGUUUGAGAUCAUUUGUUGUCGAAGGAGUGUGGAGGCUGAUGUUCCAGAAGACGAAGCAGUUCUUGCACACUGGGUGUAUGACUGUUUCAAGGCUAAUGAACUGGAGAAGCUGGUGCAAAAUGAAGAAGUGGAAAUGAGUAAGCUUGAGAGGAUGGUCAAGGUGGGGCUAUGGUGCACCCAAGAUGAACCAUCAUCGCGACCAUCAAUGAAAAAGGUUAUACUGAUGCUGGAAGGGACAGUAAACAUACCAGACCCUCCACUUCUUAGUUCCUUUGUUAGCUCCCCGUAGGCCAUGCCAGACCUCCGUUGCGAGUGUUGAAAUUGGUCAAAAAUUGUUAGUUGUUAGCGUCGUUAACUAAUUAUUUCAUCAGAAUUUUCUGUCGGUGUUUUUCUGUAUUUUAUAUCAAUGACAUGAUUGCUGUCAUAUGUAUAUAUCAUGAUAUAUGUUACGAGAAGUGAAC